UGAAGGAAAUCCAAGUACUGUACAAAGAAAGGCGCCUGUCUCGCAACUCCACGUUAAACAGUACCGUGUCCCUUUAAAAACGUCUGACAAAAAGCCCAUAUGAUCCCCGAGCUCCAAUCACCAAUUCCUUCUGCAAAAGCAGCCUCUGCAUUUUUGUCUGUCUGAAUGCUACAGCAGCACGGGGGGGAAAAGAUUGAGGAUAAGGCAAAAACUGAAGAAAUGUGACAAUUCAACGGUCAUUUUCAUGGCGAAGCGAAAACUGGUGCGAAAGGAGUUAUUCUUGGACUCCUUUGAGCCACGAAACGCUGGAUCAAAAUGCUCAUAGUGGAGAAGACCACAGACUUCCCCUCUGCUGAGUUCUCCCUGGUGGAGGAUGUGGCUCUGCACUUCACCUGUUUGAUGGACAGGUUGAACGAGCAGCGCCUCUUCCAGCCUGACCUGUGUGACGUCGACAUCGUUCUGGUGCGUCAGCACAGUACCUUCCCGGCCCACAAGGGCGUGCUGGCGGCCUACAGCCCUUUCUUCCACUCCCUUUUUGCACAAAGCAAAGAGCUGCGGCGGGUGGACCUUUCGCUGGACGCCCUAACCUCACAGGGCCUGCAGCAAAUUCUCAACUUCAUUUACACCUCCAAACUGCUGGUGAGCAGCCGCACUGUCCGCGACGUGCUCAACGCCGCUGCCCUGCUCCAGAUGAGCGACAUCGCAGCAUCCUGCCGCGACCUCAUCAGCAGCCACUCGCUGAGAAGCACCUGCUCAGAUAUGGCCAAUCAGGAAGGGCUCGGUAGCGGUGACCCAGCAGCUGUAGCGAUGCCCUCCAGCCAGCUGUACCCGGAGAUCAAACAGGAGUCAGAGCUGGGGAGGGUGUACAAGAGGGAAGGGAGCAGCCCGUUCUCUGUUAGAGUGGAGGACGCAGGCAAGACAGCCUCCCAGCAGAAGUAUUACCAGAAGGAGGACGGGUCAGGGGGCGGGACUAGCACCGGUGUGGCCGCUUUGUGCAAAGUCGAGAGCAAUGGAGAGGAGUCAAAGACCGCUGAUGGCCACGCCUCCUUCAACAGAGACCAGAUCAUUGUUGAAGUCAACCUCAACAACCAGACCCUUAAUGUGUCAAAGGGGUUGGAGAGCAAAUCCGCAAGCAUCACAGAGGCGGCCACCAUGUUUGGUUGUUGUCAUGACAACGGGAUAGAUUCAGAAGACGAGGAGGACGAGGCGGAGAAUGACGACACAGUGGGAGACGAGGAUGAUGAUGAGCUGAAGAGAGGGGACAUACUGGGGCAGAGCAGCGAGGAGGUAGAUGAGGAGGAAGAUGAGGAAGAGGAGGAGAACUCCCUAAACAUUCCAGGCUUUGAGCAAGCAGCCCUGAUGGAUCGACCACGCCGAGGCACCAGAGCCUUUGCUAUGGCGGGUACAACAGCCUCCAUGCGGCAAACACUGGCAGAGGCCACGUUAGCCAACCAGCGGCAGGGUGGGAAGAGGGCGCUGGAUGCAGAGGGCCUGGGCCAGAAAGUGAGGCUGGAGGAGAAGCAACAUUUCCCAUGUAAGAAAUGCCCUCGCGUCUUCAACAAUCGCUGGUACCUGGAAAAACACAUGAACGUCACACACAACCGCAUGCAGAUCUGCAAUAACUGUGGGAAACGCUUCCUGCUGGAGAGUGAGCUGCUGCUGCACCAACAGACCGACUGUGAGAAGAGCAUCCAGUGUGUAACAUGUGGCAAGGCCUUCAAAAAGCUGUGGUCGUUACACGAGCAUAACAAGAUUGUCCAUGGCUACGCCGAGAAGAAGUUCUCCUGCGAGAUCUGUGAGAAGAAGUUUUACACCAUGGCUCAUGUCAGGAAGCACAUGGUCGCCAAUACGAAGGACAUGCCGUUCACCUGUGAGACAUGCGGGAAGUCAUUCAAGCGCAGCAUGUCCCUGAAGGUUCACUCUCUGCAGCACUCAGGAGAGAAACCCUUCAAGUGUGAGAACUGCAGUGAGCGCUUCCAGUACAAAUACCAGCUCCGUUCCCACAUGAGCAUCCACAUCGGACACAAGCAGUUCAUGUGCCAGUGGUGCGGAAAGGACUUCAACAUGAAACAGUACUUUGACGAACACAUGAAGACACACACUGGAGAGAAGCCUUACAUCUGUGAGAUAUGUGGUAAGAGCUUCACGAGCCGGCCCAACAUGAAGCGCCACCGCCGCACCCACACCGGGGAGAAGCCCUACCCCUGUGAGGUGUGCGGCCAGCGCUUCCGCUUCUCCAACAUGCUCAAGGCCCACAGGGAGAAAUGCUUCCGCGUCAGCAACCCCAUGGUUACUGAUGGCAACGACCCCCUUGUCCUCCAUCAACCUCUGGCCUCGCCCACUGCGGACUCUUCCGGUCAGGUGCAGCUGAGGACGGCGCUCCCCGCCACGUCUGCAACCACACCCGCUGCUGCCUCUAGCCCACACCCCCUCCAUGGCACCCAGCUGUCUCUCCCCCUGCUGCACUCAAUGGGGGGACUGCCUCCGAGCCCACAUUUACCCCCUCUGCCUCCCCUGUUCCCUGCUGGUAGGAUGAACUCCAACAACUAACAAAUCUGUGUAGCAUCAAAAGCACCUUUGUUACUUUUGUUUUUCUUAGAGCUUUUUAAGAGGACUUCUGCAGGAGAGUGAUUCACCUCAGUGACAUUUACACCGAGGAGAAACACUGACUGAAGGCUAAAUGGACGCCUCAUAAAAACACACACAUACGCCUACCACAAUAAGAAAUAGUUAUUUUUUACUCUGUUAAAUACAAUAUAUAACCUCAGAGUCCAGUAGGACAUGUCAUCACCGCUCUUUUCCUCAUGAAUUUUACAACUCAUUUGGUUUUAUUUGGAAUCCCACCACCACAAAUAUCUCCCCAGAGCCUUGCACAAUGCAUUGAUUGUAGCAUCUUUUACAAAGUUGGAGGAAGAGUUUCCUAAGUCCUCACUCAUACAGGGGUCAUCCAUCUAGCGAGAACCACACUAUGAUGAGAAAAGAUGUUUUAUUUUUGAUCGUUCUCUGCCAAGAUGUAGCGAGUGGUUCCGGUCUGACCCAGCAAUAACCAAAUGCUGAUUUGUCUCUGAGCAUAUACAUGUAUAUGGCAUUGCCAAUAACCAAAUCCUGUUAGCUCACCUGUAUAGUUAGAUAAUGUUAUACAGCAUUUAUAAUCAAUCCUGCACCUUACAUUUAACUCUAGUGAUAUUACUAGAUGUACUCCUUAUUGUCUCAAAUUUUAUAAUUGUGAUAGUGUGUAAUUCGUGGCACGUUACAUCAAUUUGUAAGGAUGCAUGAGAAGCUGUGAUGCGUGGAGAGUUGACCAUGCAAUGCAGUGUGUGGUGUUUGUGACGGUGUGUGUGUGAGAUGUGAGGCAGAGUCAUGAGAUGAGGAUCUUCAAAUCUACGUUCAGCUAAUUGACCGAGUCAGGAGGUGAAGUAAUUUGUUGACUCUUAUCUUUUGCUUACAUUAAGCAAGCGUGCUCCUCUCCUACAGAUCUGGCUUUGAGACGAUAUCACACUUUUCUGUGACUUGUUAUUAAAAACCUAAUGUACUCUGACCUACAGUAUAUUUGUAGGUUUAAAAUCUAAUGUUAAUGUUAACUUACAUUUUCCAACUAAACCCGAUCUGUGUUAUUAGUUUGCAGAAUACCAAGAGUGUAGGGAUAAUAAUAUUCACAAAAAACCUGCGUACAUAGCUCAUUAAGUGUGCACAUUUCACCAUGAUGUAUAUUGUGAAGUGAUAAACAUUAUAUUACAAUGCCUAAAUCUCUUAAAGAGCACUGACGGGGAGUACUUUUGGCACAACAAAGUGCACCACUAAAAGGGCUCCUUACCAUUACAUCACUAUUAUGAAAUACUCAAUUUCUUAUAACAGUGAUCUGUAGAAGCUAAUCGAAGUGAGGGACAUGCAGUAUGUAAUACACCUCAAACAUUUGUGGCUCUAUGUGCACUUUUGAGAACUGUUUGUCAUUAACCUACUGGAGUAGAACUGAAAGAAUAGAAAAUAAUCAAAUCCUUGUCUAUAAAAAGUUCUUCUCUUAAAGGAUUUUCUUAGAAAAAUACACUUAUUUCCUUUCUUGCCCAGAGUUAGGUGAAAAGAUGGACACCACUCUUAUGUCUGUACGUUAGAUAUGAAGCUACAGCCAGCAGCUGCUUAGCUCAGCUUAGUUACUGUAAGCACAAAGACCUGAAACAGAAACAGCUUGGCUCCGUCUGAAGAAAAAAACAAAUUCACCUACCAGCACCUAAAGCUCAGAAAUUAACACAUUAUAUCUUGUUUGUUUUAUCUGGACAAAUACCGAAAUAGGACAAUUUGCGGCUCACAGGGUAUUAAAACACUUUGUUUUAAAGCUACUGUCAGGCUCUGCUUCUUUUUUUUACACUUCGUUUUUUGUACAGUUUAAACAGACAAAAAUGAACUUGUUAAUUAGUGAGCUCAAGAGUGCUGAGGUGGAUUUUGUUUCCUUUUGGACAGAGCAAGGCUAGCUAACCCCUGUUUCCAGUGUUUAUGCUAAGCUAACUGGCUGCUGGCCUUAGCUUCAUCAUCGUAAAGAUAUGAGAGUUGCAUCUUAUCAAUUCUGCAAGAAAGCAAACAAGCAUAGGCAACUUCCCCAAAAUUUCAAAAUAUUCUUUUAAAUCUGGCAUUCUAAUCAAUGAAUUACCCCAAAAGAGUAUCUGUGCACGACUGAUGCACUCCCGUUCACUUUAUCUAUACAUAGCCUAUUUGUAGUGUAGCGUUAACCUGUAAAUAUUGUUAAGAUGUGCUCUUCCUUGUGAUUAAUUCCUCAUGUUUAUAUGUGGAGAGUCAUUUGAAUGUGCCCCCACGUGCGUCUUGGCUGGUACUACAGAAAGUUGGAAUUUGUGGAUAAGCUUUUGUAAAUGUAAUAAGCUGUUCAUUGUUUUAUUUAAAAGACAAAUUGAAGCACCUUAGUGUAGUGUUAUGUCUUAGUUCACCCCAGUUACGUGUAUUACUGAAACUGCCAUGGUUUAAUGGUUAGGGCCACCACAGAUGUUAUUUGAAAAUGGUACUUUUUCUUUUGUUUCUUAAUGUGUAUAACACAUGUUUUUUACUUUGAUUUGCUGCUUUUGUACAGGGUCCAGUUUGAGACUGCCCUUUUAAAUAGAAAGUCUAGAGCUGUUAAAUUGUUGAAUAUAUUCUGGCUGUGAUAAAUCCAAUUUAGCCUUACUGGGCAGAGAGCUCCAGGGUUAUACAUGAGCUACACUUUUUUAAAGAUUAUUUUGGUUUUUUUUCCCUUUAUUCAAUAGUGACAGUGGAUAGACAGGAAAGGGGGAGAAAAAGAGAGGGGAUGACACGCAGAAAAGGACUGCAGGUUGGAUUUGAACCCUGGUCACUGCCAAGGACUACAUGGGGUGCGCGCUUUUACUGGGUAAGCUAGAGGCUGCCCCAUGAGCUAUACUUUUUGAGCAGUUUGAUGAGGUAACUGCUAACAUGGUAUACCCACCAAGGAUCGAUAUAGUCAUUGGUAGAUGGGGCUUCUAUAUGUUGACAGAAAGAGGACUAAAGGCAGUGUCACAUAAUCAUAAAGACUGUUGCUCUCUUGUGGUUUCUUAGUAAACUGCACUCUGUUAACUACACUAAAGAAAAAGAAAGGCCUCCCUUAAGAGUACAUUAUCAUUCAUAGUGUGUCUCUACUAGUCACUGUAGAAGCUCAUAGUACUUUUGGAUCAUAAGAAGAGGCUAAAAUUGUGCUUACUAAGUAUUUUCCCACUUGACUGUUUUGAGAAGCACUAGCCCAAGAGACGAUACUGAGAUACUGUGGUUAUAGUUUGUGUAUUCGCCUUAUACUCGGAGGAAUUUGAAUGUUUUUGUGUUAUGGAUGAUGAUAGCUGAUGGAAAACAAGGAAGGAUAGUAGUUAAUACUACUGAUUAAUGCACUUUGAAUUUGCUUGCCACACAAUCCUAUAACGGGGCUACUGCAGAUACAAGGUGAACAAUAGAUUGCAGAGAUGUGUACUGAAAAAAUUAUUUCCACACAGCCGGCUAAAUCCGAAGGUAUACAUUUUAUAUUUAAAUGUACCGUGUGGAUGUUAAUGCUCAUAAAUUACAGUCAAUUUCUUUGUGUUAUUUGUUCAAAUUUGGAUCAGAGUUUAUUAGGAAGUUGCAGAAGUGGCAGACCGUGGCCUGAGGAGUUAUUUAUGUGUCACCCGCCACCUCUUCUGUCUGCCUGUUUGACACUGUGCUGCUCUUUAACAAGUAUUUAUGACUCCUCCCUGAAGGGGCAGACAGUACAGCUAUGGCUGUUUCUGAUUUGGCUUGUUCUCCGAACACUACCAUGAUUAAGAGAAAUUAGUUUUAGCUCUUACCAGUUUGCUCCUAUGGAAGGGACUUUCACAUGUGACUGUUAUAUUUCAUGAGAAAAUGUAAAGGAAGUUGUCAGUUGCCAAAUUGAGUAAUGAAAAAGAUAUCUGUUAUUGUGAGCACUUUAUACUGCAGUUUAGCUAGUAUGGUUUAAAGGCUGAUACAGAAACAGUUAUAUGACUUAAAAUAUGCUGGUGUGUGUUUUUUAAUAUAUUUCCAUGGCAAACAAUUAUAGGAAAUUGCAAAAAUGCAGUCUCUGCCAGAAGUGUGUUCUUGGCAGGUGUUUAUUUGGACCAAAGGGACACCCAAACUGUAUGUUUAGACCCUGUAAAAAUAAGUCAGACUGUACCUGCUUGGUAUCAGUUUUAAUAUUACAGAAGAAUGGACUUCAGUUACAGGCUUCCAAACCAGCGUGUUGAUCAAUUUUUCUUACCAAAUCAUAUUUAUCAUUUUAGAAGUGAAUGGCAGUCAGCAUAUGAUCUAAUUUGUUUUCCAAGGUCAAAUGUGUCCAAUUAAAAGCCCUAAAUUAUUUGUUUUACCCCACUUUUCAAACUAUGCUGAUUACAGUACAUAGUUCUUGAACGGUGUCCGGAGGAAGCACGAAAGUCUAAAUCCACCCUUUAAAGCAGAAUUUAUUUUGUGGAUUAUUUAGUGAACAAUACUUCCUCAACUCCAGCUGCAAAUAAGACAAAACCCGUCUGAGACUUCAUCAAAGCAACACUUAAUCAAACUGUGCAUUCAAAUGUAUCAAAGACAGACAUUUAUAAGCCCUGACGUCUCUCAAAUCCU